AUCGAUUAUUACGAACUAUUACUGUUUUUAUUUUACCACAGCAACGUGCUUCGAAAGAUCUAAUUAAUAUUCGAAAAAUAAACGAAUAUAUUUAAUAAUAAAAUGGUACGUAAGAAGAUUGAUAAUCGUAUACGUAUCUUAAUAGAAAAUGGCGUUGUCACAGGACACAGAACAAUGUUUAUUAUUGUGGGAGAAAAGGCACGAGAUCAGGUUGUCUUACUGCAUCACAUGUUGUCAAAAUCUGUUAUAAAAGCAAGACCUUCUGUACUAUGGUGUUAUAAAAAAGAAUUAGGUUUUAGUAGUCACAGAAAGAAACGUAUGAAGACUAUACAAAAGAAAAUCAAAUCUGGUAAACUUGAUGUUAACGAAGAUGAUCCUUUUGAAUUAUUUAUUGUUUCUACCAAUAUACGUUAUUGUUAUUAUAAUGAAACUCAUAAGAUCUUAGGUAACACGUAUGGAAUGUGUGUUUUACAAGACUUUGAAGCACUGACUCCUAAUUUAUUAGCAAGGACUAUAGAAACAGUUGAAGGAGCUGGUAUUAUAGUUUUCCUUUUACAAUCUGUAAAUUCAUUAAAACAAUUAUAUACUAUAAAUAUGGAUGUUCAUCAACGUUUUCGUACGGAAGCACAUCAGGAUGUGGUUUGCCGUUUUAAUGAAAGGUUCUUAUUAUCUCUUGCAUCAUGUAAUCGAUGUUUAGUAGUUGAUGAUCAAUUAAAUGUUUUACCUAUAUCUUCUCAUAAUUUAAAAAUAGAGGCUGUUAAAAAAUUACCCUCUUCGGAAGAACAGACUGAUCUUGAUGUUUUGAAAGAAAGUUUAAGAGAUACACAACCUAUUUCUGCUCUUGUUAAUUGUUGUAGGACCAUUGAUCAAGCAAAGGCAUUAUUGAAAUUCAUUGAGUGCAUAUCUGAAAAAACUUUAAGAUCUACUGUAUCACUGACAGCUGCUAGAGGACGUGGAAAAUCUGCAGCUUUGGGAUUAGCAAUUGCUGGAGCUAUUUCAUUUGGCUAUUCCAAUAUAUAUAUAUCUAGUCCUAGUCCUGAAAAUUUAAACACGCUUUUUGAAUUUGUUUUUAAAGGCUUUGAUGCUUUAGGAUAUCAAGAACAUCUUGAUUAUGGUUUAGUUCAAUCCACAAAUCCUGAAUUUAAUAAAGCUACAGUAAGAGUCAAUAUUUUUCGAGAUCACCGACAAACUAUUCAGUAUAUACAUCCAACUGACACCCAUAAAUUAAAUCAAGCAGAAUUACUUGUAAUUGAUGAGGCAGCAGCUAUUCCUCUACCAUAUGUAAAAGCUAUGCUAGGUCCAUAUUUAAUAUUUCUUGCAUCAACUAUAAAUGGUUAUGAAGGAACAGGCCGUUCUUUAUCAUUAAAAUUACUUCAGCAGUUAAGGACACAAACUGUUGGAUCUAAUAGUCAUGGAAAGAAUGAUAAAGAACAAAAUGAGAAAAUUUUAAUAGGAAGACAGUUAUAUGAGAUAACACUUGAAGAAUCGAUUCGUUAUAAAUCUGGAGAUGCCGUUGAACAAUGGUUAACAGAAUUACUUUGUUUAAAUGCAACUACAUAUUCCCCCAUUCUUUCUGGAUGUCCACCUCCAGAUGCAUGCCAACUAUAUUAUAUAAAUAGGGAUACAUUGUUUUCUUAUCAUAAAGCAUCUGAAUUAUUUCUUCAAAAAUUGGUAGCUUUGUAUGUUGCGUCACAUUAUAAGAAUAGUCCAAAUGAUUUACAAAUGAUGUCUGAUGCACCAGCACAUCAUUUAUUUUGUCUAUUAGGUCCAGUUGAUGUAAAUAGAAAGGCAUUACCUGAGAUAUUAGCCGUCAUUCAGGUUUGUCUAGAAGGUGAAGUUAGCAAAGCUACUAUAGCAGAUGGUUUAGGUCGAGGUCGAAGAGCUGCCGGUGAUCUAAUACCAUGGACAAUUGCUCAGCAAUAUCAAGAUCAAGAUUUUCCAACUCUAGCAGGAGCUCGUAUCGUUCGUAUUGCAACUCAUCCUGAUUAUCAAGGAAUGGGUUACGGUACUCGAGCAUUGGAACUUUUGAAGCAGUACUAUGAGAUGAACAUUUUUGAUAUUAAUGAAGUAGAAAUCGAAAACCAACAAACAGAAAUCGAUUCAGUUCCAGACGAAGAAGUUGGAUUAUUAGAGGAGACUAUUGAACCACGCGCUUCUCUUCCACCUCUUCUUUUAAAACUGUCUGAAAGAAAAGCAGAACAUUUAGAUUACAUUGGUGUAUCUUUCGGUAUCACAGAGCAACUUUUAAAAUUUUGGAAAAGGUCUUCAUUCGUACCUGUAUAUAUAAGGCAAACCUCGAAUGAUAUAACAGGAGAACAUUCAUGCAUAAUGUUAUACAAAAUAAAUUCAGAUCAAGGAACAGAUAACAAUUGGUUAAGCGCUUAUUGGAAAGAUUUUCGUCGUCGAUUUAUAACGUUACUUUCUUAUUCGUUCAAUACAUAUCCGGCUUCUUUAUCUUUGAGUAUUUUAACGAACAAGGCUGUCCCUGGAGAAUCUAUUACUCUAACGAAAGAAAUGUUGGACGUGUAUUUCACGUCAUAUGAUUUAAAACGUUUAGAUAUGUACAGUAAUAAUAUGGCAGAUUAUCAUUUAAUUAUGGAUUUAUUACCAUCAUUAGCACGUUUAUAUUUUUUAAAUAUGAUGGGUGAUAUACAUUUUUCUCCAGCACAAUUGGCAAUUUUAUUAGGAUUAGGAUUGCAACAUAAAGUGGUUGACAAAUUAUCUGAAGAAUUAAAUUUACCAUCGUCACAGUUACUUGGUUUAUUUAAUCGUAUUAUACGCAAAUCAAUACAAUAUCUUAAUUCGAUUGCUGAACGAUUUAUCGAAACUGUUAUAAUGAACAAAAAAGUGACAAAUGAUGAUGUUCAAUUGAAUCCAUUAGUAGGACAAAGUCUACACGACGAAUUAGAAACAGCCGAAAAGGAAUUAAAAAGAAAACAAAAGGCUGAAUUAGAAAAAUUAAAGAAAGAAAAUCUAGAUCAAUAUGUAAUAAAAGGGAGUGAGGCUGAUUGGAAUAAUGCACUUUCUGGUAAAAAGAGUAAAAAUCUGAUUUCUGUUAAAAGUGGUGAGAAGAGGCCAGGAGAAAAUGAUAUUGAUCUGAAAGAACCUCAGAAAAAACAGAAAAAAGAUAGAAAAAAUAGAAAACAGAAAAAAUAAAAAUUAAAUGGUGACAUUAAUUAUUGUUUUUCAAUUCACAUUUGUACAUGUUCACAGAUCUUUUAUUAAAAUAGAUUUAUAAAUAAAUACAAUCGUAUUAUAUAUAGAUAUAAAAAAAAAAUUUUUAAUAAAAUUAUUUAUAAGUAUAAUAACUA